AUGAUCCAGGUUAGCUUGAAAGCGCGGGCCCGGGGAAACACCAGCACCUAUUCACUUUGGCCAUAUACAACACCAAGGUUCCAAAUUUUCCUCAAGGUCCAUAGGGCUUGUGAGGACAGACAGGUGCAGAAUGGGACACUGAUGGAUUCGCAGCGCCUAUCGGAUCGGAUGGCACGCUCUCUGGACAAGACUGCUAAACAGAGGUGUAAAUGGUGUAACAACCAGCACAAGGAACUAGAUGUUCAACGAAGGACCUGGACGACCCCCAAACUCCUAAGAUCGAAAAAUCAAAAGACAGGCAGGCGCACCGAAGUUCCUCCUCUGAACCGUGGUUCUCCAGUUUUGAAAAUCGCCGAUUUUGCCCUAUGGAAGCCACUAUUUAAGCCAGAUGAGGUUGCUGACGAGUGGGCAGGAGCUUCCAGCAUGGUUCUAUCGUUUGCAUGCUCUCUCACUAUCAAAGAAGAUCGAGAUGUGACUCCCGAAGACUUUGAUGAAGAUCUCUCCAGUCUUCCGGGUCUCUCUUUUGAUUCUGAAGCAAACAGUGCGGGCGCAGUAGAUCUUGAAGAGGACAAAAGAGCCAAGGCAGCACUGCUGGGCAGAAACGACCUUCUGACUGUGGACACAGCGCUUCCUCCCCCCCUCCGAGUAAACGAUUAUGGGAAGCCUAUCUACUACUGCAGCUCAAGGGCUGCUUUACUUGCUUGGUUGCAGGCUGUAUUGAAGGACAACAACCCGUCAUGGCGGGCUUUCCUGAUCGACCUUGACCUGGCAAUCAAGAAACGACGGGAUGAGUCCUCGGGCGCGCAGGGCAAGACAGGCACCAGGGCAAGACUGGCACCAGGGGCAUUCAUGGCUAUUGGUGUCUUGUUACGCCGCCUUGUCUUUCCAGACGGUAGACGAUGGAAGAAACCGAAUUCUCAUCUGUAUCUGAACAUGAUCAAGGAGCUUCGGCAUGCACAGAAGAACUCAGAUAUCGUAGACUAA